AUGUCUGUUGAUAACUUAGCUGCUGUUCUACACGGUGUGAAUGAUUUGAGACUUGAACAAGUCAAAGUUCCCACACCAACAAAAGGACAACUUUUGAUUAGAGUUCAUACUGUAGGUAUUUGUGGUUCUGAUGUUCAUUACUGGACUCAUGGUGCUAUUGGCAAUUUUGUGGUUAAACAACCCAUGAUAGUAGGUCAUGAAACGUCUGGUACAGUAGAGCAAGUCGGUGAAGGCGUUGAGAACUUUAAGAUAGGUGAUCGUGUUGCUCUGGAACCAGGGCUUCCAUGCAAAGGAUGUCAUCAAUGCAAGAUUGGACGUUAUAACUUGUGCCCUUCCAUGAAGUUUUUCGCUACACCUCCAGUCGACGGGACACUGACUCGUUUUGUUGUGCACGAUGCAGAUUUCUGUUUCAAGAAAGUUUUAUUUGUUUAA